AUGCCGCACGACUCAAAUGAGGGGAAAAAUAGACCCAGCGUCGUUUUGUCACUUUCAGCUGGUGCGAUUGCCGGAGCAUUAGCCAAGACGACGAUUGCACCGCUAGAUCGAACUAAAAUUUAUUUUCAAGUGUCAAGUACUCGAGGUUAUUCUUUUCGGUCAGCUAUAAAGUUCAUCAAGUUAACAUAUCGAGAAAAUGGGUUCUUGGCUCUCUAUCGAGGAAACUCUGCGACAAUGGCUCGUGUUGUUCCUUAUGCAUCCAUGCAGUUCGCAGCAUUCGAGCAAUAUAAGAAACUUCUAAAAGUAGAUGAAAAUAAUGUUCGAACACCGGUGAAGCGCUAUAUUACUGGAUCCCUUGCUGCCACAACCGCUACAAUGAUCACGUAUCCUCUCGAUACUGCCAAAGCUCGAUUGUCUGUAUCUUCCAAGCUUCAGUAUAGCUCACUCAGGCAUGUAUUCGCAAAAACUUAUCGAGAAGGAGGUAUUCGACUGCUCUAUCGAGGGAUAUACCCGACAAUUCUUGGAGUGAUACCCUACGCCGGCUCAUCAUUUUUUACCUAUGAAACCUUGAAGAUUAUGUAUCGGGAUAGUACAGGAGAAGUGGAAAGUUCUCUUUUCCGGAUGAUGUUUGGUAUGCUAGCCGGUUUAAUUGGACAAUCAUCAUCGUACCCUCUGGAUAUUGUACGACGAAGAAUGCAAACGGGACGCAUUCCGAGUGGAUGGAGUCCUCUACGUGCACUCAUCCAUAUUUACCACACGGAGGGUCUCAAACGAGGAUUGUACAAAGGAUUGAGUAUGAAUUGGCUGAAAGGACCGAUUGCUGUUGGUGUAUCGUUCACUACGUAUGAAAAAGUCGUCGAACUCGUUGGUCAUUUGAAGCGAUAG